GUGGUUAGAGUACCGGCAACAUGUGAGAAGUGGCGGUACGCAAGACAAAGCGUGGGUACGCUACAGAUUAAAAUAGAGAAGUGCCGGUGAGUACCGGCCCACUUCGAGCAACGAGUAAGAUCGCGUGGGUGUUUGAAUCCAUUGCGAUCUUUUUAUUAUUAAUCAUGCAAUUUUAUUGCGCUAUGUUUUUGCACUGAAUCGGUUUCGUUUUCUUAGGAUAUUGAGUGAAUAAAUACAGAAAUCCCUUCAUUUCUAUAAAAAAAAAAUCGAACCAAUUUGAACUGGAACGCCGUCCCCCCUCGAAAUUCACUCCCGGGACGCCGUCCUCCCGCGUUACCCCCCAUUUCCACCCCUGCAUAUAUGACUGUCUUUAAUUUUAAGUUAAAUAAAAAUGUACAAUUACAAUUCUCAACCGCUAGAUGGAAACUGUGGCUCUACUGAGACAUGACCACUGGCAACGCGAGACUUGAAAGUUAGCUCUCGAUCACUGUUGCCAGAUCUCGCGAUAAACAUUUCCGCCAUUUUACAACUGUUGGAGAGCAAGCAACAGCAAAUGUUAAAGCAAAUUCUUUCCUGCUUUUGGUCUUGAUUUGAAACCCUCUUUAACCAGCUGAAAAUAUGGCUCCCUUCCCUAAACGGAGAUCUUCGUUCAUCACAGCGCUCUUCCCUUUUAGCAUCUUCGUUCUUUUUAUGUUCUUCCAACACGCGGUGAUCUAUACUUUACUCAAAACAUCUGUUGAAUCCACCGAAGGAGGUCUGUGUGCUUGUGAUAAAUGUGUCACGGAUCUGAGCGAUGAUGACUGGUUCUUCAUGCGGUUCAACCCCUCAGUUCCGCCUCUGAUGAACAAGAGAAACAGUGUGUUGAGGACAGACGUCUACAGAUGGUGGAAGGAUCUACAAUCUGAAUCCUCUCAAGUCAACUACACAGAUGUGGUGGACACAUUGUUUUCUCUCUUCCCCGAUGAAGAACACUACUCAGACGCUGGUCCAGAUCGCUGCAGAACUUGUGCUGUGGUGGGAAACUCUGGGAACCUCCUGGGAUCCCAUUAUGGUCAACUAAUAGACAGCCAUGACUUUGUCAUAAGGAUAAAUAAGGGUCCGACAAAGGGUUUCGAGAAUGAUGUGGGAUCUAAGACCACUCACCGGAUUCUGUAUCCCGAGAGUGCUGUGGAUGUGGAUAACUCUACCCAUCUGGUGCUUCUGCCCUUUAAAAUUACAGACAUGCGCUGGCUCAUCAGUGUCUUCACCACUAGACACAUCACAAGUACUUACAUUAGAGUGAGACCUACAGUAAAUGCAGACAGAGACAAGGUGAUGAUCAUCCAUCCUGCAUUCAUGAAAUACAUCUAUGACAGCUGGCUGGAGAAACAUGGCAAAUAUCCUUCUACUGGCUUCAUUACAUUGAUAUUCGCCCUGCACAUCUGUGAUCAGGUUAAUGUUUUUGGGUUUGGAGCUAAAAGUGACGGACAAUGGCAUCACUAUUUCGACAGUAGUUUGACUCACUUCAGCGGAGGUGUUCAUGGUGGAGGCUUUGAAAAUAAAACCAUAAAUGAGCUUCUGCUGAUAAACAAGAUUUCUGUGCAUAAAGGGUGGUAAUGACAUUUUUCUCAGUGUUACGUACUUGGUAAAAGCUUUUAAUGAAACCUUUUCAAAAGCCUGCAUUUUCAAAACAGAAUUAUUCAUGUGAAUAUUUAUUUAUUGUUUAUUUACCUGUAUUGCAGGCAUAUCAAUUAAGAACAAUAUUCUCAUUUAGCCUGGCAAGAGCAUAUUGUCCUUGUUAGCAUAUUGUCCUUAAUAGAGAUAAUUAAAAAUAAAUACAAUAUAUUGCAUCAGAAGGUAAAUAAAUAUAUUAAUAUCAAGUAAUGAAUGGUAUAUUUACUAAACACAAUGGUUUUAUGUUUAUGUCCUUUAAUAUGAUUCUGUGAAGUUAUGCAUUUCUGUAAGGUAUUAUUGUUAAAUUAAAUUUUCACUUUUUUUCCCCGAUUUUUGAUUUCACGUGAAACAUCAAUUGUAAUCUUAGCUAGAGGAGUUUCACAUAAAUUGUCAUAAAUAUUCUAACUUAUAAUCUGUAUUUUUAUAUGUUAAAUAUGUAAAAGGUUAUUUAUUUACACUGGAGUAAUAUUAGUGUAAUUAAAAGUUUUGAUUACUAUGCAAAUAUUUUCUUUUUUUUGUCCCAUACAAGAAACAUUUAUGGUUGUCAUCCAUCUGUAGAUGCUAAACGUGUACACAAUGGUAUCAGAGAAAACAAUGACAACUAUAUCCAUGGGCAACUGGGCAUAACUCUGUUCAUGCAGAGUUUGUUUUACUGUGUUUGCCUAGUUUUGCACUGUCUUUGUAAGUAUUAAAUUACAUUGUAUGUGCAUUAUGUACCAUGACUGCCACAUAUGCAUCAGUGUCUAUAGCGACUAUACGUAUCUUUUUGUGCUAUAUGCGACAGACCAUUGUUAGGCUGCUAAAGCCUCUUUAUGUUGUCAUACUGGCUUUCAAACAUAAAGGAUUUGUGACGUGUGAGUUUCGUUAUUGUUGUGACUACCACAUCUGUCUUCUUAUUGUGUUUUCUGAACCCUGUACAUCAUUACAAGAGUGAUUUUGAAUGCCUCCAUAACAACAGUGAGUCUACACAGAUAUGCUUUGAUUGCACAGUGUUUCUCAUUUUAAUGACUGACAAAUACAAAAUGGUCAAGAAAAAUGUCAGGAUUUUGCUUUGGUGAACCGAAAAUGUAGAAAUGAAACAAAUGUAAAAAAAAAAUUAAUAAAAAAUCACAAGACAUAGCAGAUGCACACCAUGCCUUGGGUGAAAUUGCCAUGCUAACUAAAGUAAAUUAUCUUUAUUGUGUC